AUGACCGAAUCUGCAGACCCAACGCCAAAUGAUGACGGGGAGAAUAAUACCGGACUGGACAAGUUUGUGCCCGUGACGGGCGCCAAGCUUUCCUUGCUCAUCUUCAGCCUGUCUCUGAGCUGCUUUCUGAUCUUGCUAGAUACGUCCAUUGUCUCGACGGCGAUCCCCAAAAUUACAGAUGAUUUUCAUUCCUUGUCUGAUGUCGGCUGGUAUGGCAGCGCCUACUUGUUGGGGAGCCGGGCUAUUGCUGGUGCCGGUGCCUCUGGCCUGAUGAACGGCGCUCUAGUUAUGCUGGCAGCGUCCGUGCCUUUGCAGAAGCGACCACCUCUCACGGGUGUCAUCAUGGGCGUUGGCCAAUUCGGCGUCGUUCUCGGUCCUCUCAUCGGAGGUGCUUUCACCACUGGAUACACCUGGAGAUGGUGCUUCUACAUCAAUCUUCCCCUCGGUCUCAUCGUCGCUAUCCCUUUGAUCCUUCUCCACGUCCCCGAGCAGACGGCCAAGGACCGGCCUCUAACUGCUCUUCGCACCAUCCAUCGUCGCCUAGACCUCCUCGGAUUUGUUCUCUUUGCCCCCGCCAUCAUCCAACUCCUGCUUGCUUUACAGUUUGGCGGUAGCCGGUACCCCUGGAAGUCAUCCCAGGUGAUUGGCCUCUUCUGCGGAGCCACCGCUACACUUGCAGUUUGGGGUAUCUGGAACGCCUAUUGGGGCCCCGGCGCGCUACUCAACUUUACCGUCAUCCGCCGCCGUCGUGUCUGGAUAAGUGGUGUCUGCUACACAGCCCUUACUAUUACCGUCUUCGGCUCGUCCUAUUUUUUACCAAUCUACUUCCAGGCCGUCAAGGGCGUCAGCGCCGUAAUGAGCGGCGUCUAUAUGCUUGCUGGAAUUCUGCCCCAGGUCGUUGCCAGCGUCUCAGGAGGCAUACUCGUUCCCAAGGUUGGCUACAUACCGCCUUUUGUCCUCAUCGCUGGUGUCUUUCUCGCUGUCAGCGGCGGCCUCUUUAGCCUCUUCCAGCCAGGUACACCUACCAGCCAGUGGGUCGGGUACCAGAUCCUUGCUGGUGUUGGCCGGGGAAUCGGCUUUCAGAUGCCCCUAAUUGCCGUCCAGCAUAGCGUUUCGCCCGCAGAGCUCUCCGACGGCAUGACGUUUGUCAUCUUUUGUCAGUACAUUGGCCCUGCAAUCUCUCUGACCGCAUUCAACACCAUCCUCGACUCCAGGCUGCAGGUGGAACUGCAUAGGCUGGUUCCGGAUAUCAACCCAGGACUUGUGUUGAAAAAUGGCGCCACUGGCUUCCGCAAGGUCGUCAGUACCCAGGAUCUGCCGGGUGUCCUCAAGGCGUACUCCAACAGUCUGGAUAUUAUCUUUUACGUCAUUGCUGGUGCCGGUUGCAUCGUCUUCUUUUCGGGCUUCGGAAUGGGCUGGAACAACCUGGGAGACACUGCCAAGAAACCCGUGGCUGCCCUGAUAUCGUCUGCGAGAUCGGCUCUAGGCGACGACGAAAAAUCGGCAGAGUACACAGGGUCCGGUGUGUAA